AUGCCGACUCUGUUCGGUCGAUCCGCCUCUCAUCCUUGGAGAGACAAGUCUUCAUCUUCAUCCAAUCAUUCGCAAACCAUGCCAGUGAAAUGGCGUGAUACUCCCCACAGCACUGAAGGGGUAGUAGACUCUGCUCGGGCCCCGCUGAAGCCUCUAGGAGGGCGAAUCCAUGGGCUAGGCAUCCAGUCGCCGUCCUCAUCAUCAACAUCAUCUGGGAAUGGCCCGGCACAAGGAUACAUGUCGUUCGAUCAGGCUCAACGUUCCAGUAUAGGCAGUGGGACAGACGAGUUCGGGGCAAUGCAGGGUUCAGGUGGUGCGGUGGCAAAGACGCUGCCAUCCACCACUACUGCCCCUCUCACACCGCCGGCUUCGCCUAAAGCUCUCCUGGAUCAGAGAUACACUUUCCUCCCUACUCGUGUCUCAUCCAUGUCACAUUCCGUCUCGCUAGACUCCUUCCUCUAUUCUGCAGAAGAUGUCGUUGGCAUCCGACCGUAUGGAUUCUUAGGUGGCGUAGGCUCCAAGGUUGUGGUGGGUCUGGAGGAUGUCAGCAAGGUUAUACAUGAUGUGGGCCGAGAGCUGGGUAGGCGAGGCGUCACCACUCCCAUGUUAUUCUCAAAUCAAGCUUUGGACCUGAAUCCCACUCGGACCCGAGCCUUGAUACAAGGUUACAUAGAGUCAAUCAGCAGCUCAAGUUCUCGCAAAGUCGAUGCAUGGUCCCAGGAUCUUCAGUUUGCGAGGGAUUACGAGCUGGCUUGGUUGUUCAGAUGGGCUCUCAGUCGGAUCACUCGAAUCAGGGAAGGAUCGCGGGAAAUUUGUCACGGAGUGCUUGAUUGGGACGCCUACGAAGAGUGGAGGGGGCGAGAGAGGGCCUCGAGUUACCCUCUGGACGCCUUCCCUUACCUUUCUGCCAUUGUCCCCGCACCUGUCUUUCACCAAAUCCUCACUCCCCUCUUCUCUCUCUUGUCCAAGUUCGCCGCUUAUUCGCACAUCUCUGGACUUACUCCUCAUACCCUCUCUUCAUUAUUCGCUCCCCUCCUGUUCGACAUUCCCUCUUCAUCUCCCUGUAUGUCCGCGCAUACGAUGUUCGUUCGGGCAGCCUCGGCGACUGAGCAUUUGCUUCUCGCCUACGUUCGAUCCUCGUCCAAGCAAGGCGGACUAGGAUUGACGGACCUGCCAUCGAGAUUGAAGGACUGGGUGGCGGGUUAUCCCUCGAUGGUUGCGUCUGAUGGCGAUCUCGCUCGAGCCAAUCCACGUAAAGGUGCCCGCGUAGUCCGCUGCGAGCGAGCAAGUCGGACUGUGAGAUCUUAUUCAAAAGAUCUUGUUCUUCAGACCGAGUCUUGGGCAGGGGACGUGGUAGGUUCAUGGGACGCCUGGGAUAGAGUCAUUCUCCGCGGUCGUCGAGGGGAGUCUGGUCGACCCAAAUUUACCUCCGCUUGGAGACGCAGAAUGGCAAUCAAGGAGAUGCUGCCCUUAUCUGCUUCGACGAGCACUUCUUCUGCUGAUCUCGCGAGGAAAAUGUCGUACGGUCGGGCUCAGAAGCCUGGUGUUUCACCUCCUCAGAAUCGUCGAGAGAGGCGAGCAGAGGGAGAAAGUGAGGAUGAAGCGCGUUGGGCAAGUUUGGCCGGGAAAGAAUGGAGCAUGUUCGAAGAAGGAGGAUUUGAUAGUCCUUUAAGAAGCAGGGAGGAGCUUCGAACGAAACUACAAUUCGACCUGACGGAAAGUGCCAAGCAGGGGAUUUCAGAAAGACGGCGAACGAUGGACUGGUCAGAAUUUGCCUCGGAUUCUGGUGGUUUCCAACGGACAGAUCCACUACUUGACGCCUCCCUCACCUUCUCGGCCCCACUCUCUGAAUCCAUCACGGACUGGCCAAAAGAGCGAGAUGAGCUGCAUAAGCGUCUUCAAAAGAGCCAAAAGGAGGCCGUGCCCUUCAACUACGAUACGACACCUAGAGUCGGGGCAAGCGUCAGUCAAGAUCCUGGUUCGAGAGCCGAUGGGAAGGGAAGAGUGUACCUUGAAGAGGCGUUUCUUGAUUGCUGGGCCGAUUGGAUGAUGGGUGGAGGUUGGGCAGAUAGGGAAGAGUUGACGUUUAAAGAGGCUAAUUGGGUCUUGAUCGAAUACAAGGCUCGGCCUUCGCGGAACGAGGAUUGCAAUGGCGCGGACCCCCUGGCAGAUCCUAGGAGUUCUGAAUUGUGCUUCUUAUUCGAGGAGCGAGUGCCGACGGACUACCAAGUUGCCAUUGCGGAUCCUAAGCAGAAGAAGACAUUUGGCCUGUUUGGAACUAAGAAGAAGCGGACAGGUGGAUCCGGCGCCACAUCGCGCUCACCUCGCGCCGCCUCGCAAUGGGAGAACACCGACUUUGAUCGAAUGUUGAUCCAUCGAGAUCGGACCAAGAAGCUCACCCUCUCGUCCAAGGCCGAAGCUCCUCAUACUGCCAUCUGGCACAUUACUCCCGAUGUCAAUAUCAAGUCGGUCCUUCCACGCUCCCCAGCCGGUGCAUCGGUGUCUCCUACCAAGCGAGACAUGUCACGAAGUCGCACUCGAUCAUCUGGUAAACCUUCCGAUCCAGUCGAAGAAGCCAAGGUGAACGAAGGCAAGGCUUCAUUCUUCAGCAAUAUCAAGAACCGGGAUAGGUCGUUGAAGGCGUCUAAGAUGGAUGAGGCCAUGAGGGACAAGUACAAGCGAGACCCAGAGAGGCAGAGGGCGAAAGAGGUCGAUUUCGAGAUUCAGUCUGCAAGUGGGCUCAGCAGUCCUGACGAUGCCAAGGAGGUGGUGAUCAAACCGUCAAAGGGUGUCAGUGGGCGAGUCAGAGAUCCAGACGAUGAUAAAUGGAUGGACAUUCUCAUCGCGAAUGGAGCCCGGCGGAUGGAUCGUCAAGAUGCUCCUCCUCCUAUCGCCAAGCACCUCAAGACGAGUCAAAUUGGCGGUCUACCAGUCUCUCCUCAUCCACCCAGACAAUACUCGCCCCAUCCUCAGGCAUUACCAGCCGACUUUGACCCAUAUGCGGCACAUCGAUCCUUUGAUGACGCGUCGUGCGAUGAAGAUCACCGGAAUGGAGCUGGACGAGGGUACGGUGGUCUAUCAGACCAAGCUGCUCUAUAUGCUUCGCACAGUCCCGAAACCUCCGGUUCGACAGACGCGCACGAGCAUGACCCUAUGACGCCCGAGGAGGGAGCCGAUCUGGCAAGGUUCCCAAGUUGGAAACGAAAACCUGUACCACCCUUAAUGGAGACACUCGAGUCGGCCGAAGCAGAUGGACCGCCCGUGGUCCCUCCCAAAUCAAAUGACCUAAGCGACUUGACGCCUCCGCGAGUAUCCACAGCUUCAGCAGACCAAAAUCCCGUUCAGAUCUUGUCUCCUUCUCCUACUCGGCCUAGAGAUCGCGAUACCAUCCACCGCAUAGUCGAUGGCUAUAGUCGAGCAUCGACGGCUUCGAGCGAUUUCGAGCCUGCAUCUUCGUUGGAAUACGGUGAUUCGCCUUCAAGGAGAGAAUAUGACUAUGGGCACGAGGGAGGAGAGAGUCAAGCCGAUGAGCAUGAUCUUCCACCUCAUGCUGCCGCCUCUCGAUUUCAAGCGUAUGACCCUGAUCGACUCACACCGCCCGAUGUCACUGCUGCUGGCAUUGCCAAUGACGAGAUGAAACCGCCCGGAGUCAUUUUUGAUCUGACGCCUGGAAGGGAGCCUAGUCCUGCACGAUACAAGCAUGGCGAGCCCCUGGCUUUUGUUGGUGAGGAGGAUGAGGAGGCAGCGUGA